AUGGACAAAUAUUUUGGAUAUAUUUUUGUUUUUAUUAGUAAAGUUAGCGCUCAAGGUGAUUCAAUAGACAAUUCAACCAAUGUUAUAUUAUGUCCAACUGGGCCCGAUUUAUCUUCAUAUGACUUCAACCUUCAUUUGAUUUCCUUUUUUGUGGUUCUUCUAACUAGUUCCUCAGGUGCAUUGAUUCCGGUAAUAACUAAGAGACUUCCUGGAUUACAAAUUCCACGCACGGUUUUUUUUAUUACUAAACAUUUUGGGACUGGAGUAAUUCUUGCAACAGCUUUUGUACACAUGCUUCCAACAGCAUUUUCAAACCUUCAAUGCGUAGAUACAUUAUCAGAUUAUGAUGCAUGGCCAGGUGUAAUCGCAAUGCUGGCUGCAGUAUUUAUCUUUUUUAUCGAAUACACAUCGGUGUCAUAUUAUGAUAGCAUAAAUGGAGAAUGUGCCAAUGAUGACCUUGGUGGAAAUUCUUUAUUAAUAAAUAAAGCUCAGAUUGUGGGGAUCGCUAUCUUGGAAUUGGGUAUUUGCUUUCAUUCUGUAAUUAUUGGACUGGCCUUGUCUGUUUCAACUGGUGCCGAUUUUAUUUCACUGUUCAUUGCCUUGGUCUUUCAUCAAAUGUUUGAAGGACUUGGGCUUGGUUCACGUAUUGCUGAACUCGAUUAUCCUGAUAACAGCAUAAAACCCUGGUUGAUGUCAUUUGCAUAUGGUAUUACAACUCCGAUAGGUAUUGCUAUAGGUUUAAGUGUCCGUAACGUCUAUAAUCCUGCCUCUCAAAUGGCACUUGCUAUACAAGGAAUUCUUGAUUCCCUGUCUGCUGGAAUUCUUUUAUACUCUGCUUUAGUUGGACUUAUGGCUAAUGACUACUUACAUGACAUUGAGUUUCGAAGAUCUUCUAAGAUUCAACAACUUGGUGCCUUCACAUGUUUAAUUACUGGAAUUUUCAUUAUGUCUUUGAUUG